CUCGCUGAAUGUUCCCCUAUUCAUUACAUCCUCUCAAACUCCAGCACAUUAAACGAAGUGGAACUGCACUUCAGCACCACAGAAAUCACUUCACUGGAUGAAAUACAUUUAUUAGCUGUGUGUGUUCAGGAGAAUAACAUGGUCAAAGCGAAGCGUUACUCCUCUGGUGUGAGGACACAGCCUGUUUUUGACUGGGUUUCCCUCAUCUGGUUCACUUCAGUAGUCAGUGUUGCAGGCAGUCAAGAUGUGGAGCUACAGGUCAUACCCCAAGUGGCAACAGAGUGCGGAAAAAAUCUGACACUUACAUGUGAAGCCAGCUCCUCACGUGAGAUGGAUAUUAAAUUAUUCUCCUGGCUGGGUAGAAAUAAAACUAUGUGUCAGAUUGGAGAUGGCCAAGCUGACCCUGAGGUUCUAUGUGAAAACAAAGCUGUGGCCUCCAACCACACACUCACUCUGACUCUGAUCAACGUGAUGCCGGUCGACAGUGGAAAAUACCUCUGUAAACUACAUUCCAAACUGGGACCAGUUCAAAAAUCAACUGUUGUUACAGUACAAGAUUGCCUUGAAAAAUCUGUUUUUUCCACUAAUGAGACUCAUGCUGAGUGCUGGUUCACUGGAGUUUAUCCCAGAGGUACCGUUCAUUGGUUCCAGGGAGAUGUUAACUUAACGGACUCUGCCAGCACACAGGGAGAGGAGGACCAACAUGGCCGGUUCAAUGUCUUGAGUCAAAUGAAUGUGGAGACAGGAAACCUGAACCUGCCUUACAACUGUUCAUUGUGGAUACCGUCUGAUGGGAAGUACCUCUCCAGUCAACAGCCAACUAUUGUCAGGAGGACAACAUCAUCAGGAAGCACGGUCAAACUGCAGUGGAUCUGUAUGCUGGUGGAAAUCAUCAUGGCAAAAUUCAUGACAUAAAGGAAAAAAAAACGUGAAGUAGUCAGGUUUUAACAGUUUGUUUGCUAGAUGGCAUUUGGAAAAGUUGAAAUAUGAAAAAGCAAAAACUGAAAUGAAAAUGAGGUGAUGAAUAUUGCAUAAAGUUAUACACGCUUAGGUACACAAGAUGUAUUUGUUUAUCCAUUGUCAUGUGGGCAACUGUCUUCUCUGUCAAGAUAAGGGUUUGCAGGCUUUCAUGCUCCACAAAGUCUAAAUAGCUCCCUGAUACCAACUAUCUAACUGCAGAGGAGGAAGCCAGUGGAUUUAUUGCUUGGUUUGAAUCACAUCUGUGCUCUUAACCGUGAAGCUUGUUUUAACAUGCACAGACCUUUAAAACAAACUUGUCCACUUGAUGGCAGUACAGCAUUUACUGUAUCACGGAAAUGUGCUGUCUAAGAGGGUGUAUGUUUGAAUAAGGAGAGCAUGUUUUUCCACAGAGGCAUUUAUAUAUAUAUAUAUAUAUAUAUAUAUA